AUGAACCUUCAGCGACUCCUUCUCGUCGCGUCUUCCUCUCUGGCGUGUGCCGUGAGCAAGUUCACUAUCACCCCCGGCACCACGCAAGCCGCCACGUCCACGGUCGACAACGUCAAGUUUGUCAAGCAGUGGACUGUAACUGCAGCGACCACUACUGACUUGAUCAACUCGAUCGACUUGGACCUCGCUGGGCGCGUGUACGUGAGCUACAGGAGCGGACUCCCGACCGGCGUCCUCGGCUACGUGAACGUCUCGGGCGACUCGCAGGCUGUCGUGGAGGCUGUGGGUGUGGCCCACGACGACGCCAAUGACGACAACGACGACGAUGACGAGAACGAGGCCAAUGACCCGGACGGAGAUUUGAACGUCUACAUCAACAACAACGCGUCCACUUCUCUCACUGGGUACUUGCUGACUGAAGUCAUUCUGGCUUCAACUGGCACUGUAACGGACCUCCAGAGCAAGCGCUCGGCUGUCGUCGUCGUGGAAGACGGUGUCUUGAUGACCAGUAGUACCACGGCGGAACUUCAAGUGGAAGCCAGUGGCUCCAGUGCCAUCUUCGUGUCUGCAGCUGACGCUGCUGUGAGCAUGCGGCAGCUGCAGCUCGACGCCUCAGGCUCUGCGAGUCUCCAGUUCGAGGUCGCGAGCGUCUCCGUGUCCAAUGAGGCGCAGGUUGACGCUCAAGGAUCCGGUCAAGUCGUGGUUCUGGCUCCCACGGUCGAGGCCGCGAUGCUGGAGCUGGACACGGAGAACUCGGGUGCCAUCUGUUUUAGCGGACAGCAAGUCACGGCCACGACGUACGAAGGCAAAGACGAAAGUCGCAUCUCCAUGCCGAAUGCUGCCGACAAGCACGGAUCCACUGGAACAGCUCCGUGUGAAAAGGCCACGGUACCUCCUCGUGAACCGGCGUGUGCAGGCACUGGAUGCGCUUCUGGAACAUCGACGACUCCUGGCACCGCUGGAGCUUCAACGACCCCGGGAGCAGCUGGAACGGCCACGACUCCCGGUGCUGCUGGUGGGAACAAUGCUGGGAUUAGUGCCAGUGACGGAACGAGUGCAUCUUCGACCCCUCAACUUGCUGCACUUGUUGCUUUCGCUGCUGUUGGCGUAGCCAUGGCUACACUUUUGUAA